UCCCGUCUGCUUCCUGUUUUGAUAAUGACAACGUUAACCAUCCCAAAACAUAUAGCUAAUUUUCCAAAUUUUUGCCAACUAUAGGUGUAUUUCUGUACGCCCUCAAUCGCUUGGGAAGGCAUUAUUCAAGAGGAGACGCAAUGGACAGUCGCUGUUAUGGCUGUGCAUCAAAGUUUAGUCUCUUCAAGAAGGAGCUGGGCUGUAAGAACUGCGGACGCUCCUUCUGCUCCAGCUGUUUGAGUUUCAGUGCUGUGGUGCCUCGCUGUGGCAACACCCAGCAGAAGGUCUGCAAGCAGUGUCAUGGUAAUCUCACAAGAGGGGAAUCUUCGAACAAUGCUGGAAGAUGGUCCCCUCCAGAAAACUACAAAAAACGGGUUGCAGCACUGGAGGCCAAACAGAAACCGCAGUCCACACAGCCUGGUGUGCAUGGUGGGAGCAGAAAUGGCAAAUCGGUCCAUCUACCAACCAAAGGGCUUAGUAAAGAAGACUACGCUAUUGCUGAGAGGCUUCAAAAGCUAAAAGAAGAUACCAAACCAAAGUCUAUCCCUUCUGAAAAGGAGAUUGAGUCACGUCUUGCUGCUCUGAAAGCUCCCAGCCAGCCAGUGCCUUCUUCAGAGGAUAUGGAGGAUCGUCUGGCAGCUCUGCGAGGUCAGCCACCUCCAUCUCAAGCUCCUCGACCAGUACACCAGCCUCCUGACACCAGGACUCAAACUGAAAAAGCCAAUGAUUUGAUAACUCAGAUGGCAGAAGAAGUUGCCAUUGAUGAGCAACAGUCAAGUCCAGAAGAUAGUGUAGAUAUGAACGAUCUCAACAAAGGUGAAAAUGCUGCUUCAGACGAGAACCUGGAUGACAACCAAGGAGCAGUGAGGCAGCAGGAAGCAGAGAAAGACCGUCUGCUUGAAGAAGCCAUGAAGGAACUCAAGAGGGAGAAAUUUUCCCAAGACGAGGUCCUUCACAUGGCCAAGAGGCUGGCACAGUUAAAAGGGCAGGAUCCAGAUAAAGUUACAGCAGAGGAUUUCAGACAACCUGACAGUGAAGAAGAGACUGAGGAAGAAGCUGUGAGGAGAGUCCUGAAACAGCUUUCAGAAGAAGCUGCACUUGAUGAAGUCAGUGGCUACAACAUACCUAUAGAGCACAGCGGACCCAGGAACAGAGAAAAAAAGAAAACCUCUAAAAAACCAACUCCUUCCCCGACGAGCCGGACUUCUCCUGCUGCUGCUGCUCAUCAGCCGUCAGACAGUGAUGACGAAGAACUUCCCUGGUGCUGCAUCUGUAAUCAAAACGCCACCCUGCGUUGCCACACCUGUGACGGAGACCUGUUCUGCAGCCGCUGCUUUCGAUUGCCUUCUACUUCACUUCCUUCUCCCACCCCCAUAUAGUAAGUUACUGCCACCACAAUAUUAAGUGUGUUAAGAGUUUUAUUUUUCAACACAAAUAAUGUUUAAAAUAUUUACCAAGUAGUUCCAUUUGGUCUCAUCUGAGAAGAGCACCUUUUUUCUGCAUAGCUACUUCUUUUUAUCACGUGGAUGCUCACAGUUGUCUUGAUAAUUGAUUCACCCACUUGAGGUAUACAUUUAGUUUUCGAAGACUUUUGACAUCAGCUGGUUGAGCUGGAGUUUAUUUAGGGGUAUUGUUGUAAAAGGAGCUGAAUACAUACCGCAUGGUUUCCAGUUCAUUUGUGUAAAAAAAUCUGUAGAGUGUUUGCGUUUGUCAUUUAUAUUAAAUCCCUAUAAAAGACAUUGAGAUUUGGGGUUGUGGUGUGACAAAAUCCAAAAUAGUUGGAGGGUUGAUUCAACUUGCAAGGCAAAAUGCAGUAAGGAACUUAAAAGACAUUUAAAAAUACUGUCCAAGAUUUUUAGCAGCAGUUAGACUAAAAUUAGACAAGCAAGAUGUGUAAUAUCUGAAACUUAUCUUAGAAUUUGCUAAAAAAAAAAAAAGGUAUUAGUUGAAGAUGCUAAAUAAAACACAACUUAGAAGUGUCAAAGUGAAUAAGAAGCCUCACAAGUUUGUUUGAAGCUGUCUUAGUUUUUCAUGACAACAGAGCCUCUUCCUAAGUAUACUUUGCACUCAUUACUGUUUGAGUAUUUUUAACUUUUUGCAGCACUUCUAUCAAGCAGACGGAUCAUGGACUCACCCAAGACAAUGUGUACUCGCUCUCAGACUGUUGUCAGCUAGAUACCGAAAAGUCACAGACGAGUUCGUGUGAAAGAAUCACUGAGGCCUUUGUUCCCUUUGUGCUGUUCUUGUCUAUGUCUGGCUGUGGUUCUGACAUUAGCGCUGACUCUCUUGUCAUUUCAUUCUAAAUGAAGCAAUUGUUUUGAUUAUUUUUAACACCAAAGCUCUUUUAAAAAAAAAAAAACAAAAACGUGUCAUUAUUAAGAAAAUCGUCUGGCAGGUCCUCUUUGUGCUGUAUGUAUGGAUUCUUUGUCAGUGAAAGAAUGAAUGAGUCAGAGUAAUACAAAUAACCGUAAUGGAGCCCUCAACAAAAAGACCCUGCGUAUGACAGUGAGAGGACCAGAGUGCUGUUAACUUAUAGGAAGCCUUCACACUCUCCUCUGGGUGCUCCCUCCAUUAAUGGUGGCCAUGUUUGCCUUUUCUGACCAUGUCAUGCACCACCACCACACAGGAAAUGGAUGGGUAUAAUGGGUGCACACUUAAUGGAACAUCCUGUGGCUGAUUUCAGUGUGUUUACUCCUAGACCUGACAUGUUGACGCCUCCAUUGUUUCCAUCACUCUGUUGAAAAAUUCAUGUCAGAAAACAGAACGCUGACGGUUAUCCUUUCAGCUGUGUCCAGACAAAGUGCUGCAGGGCAUAAUGAAAAGUGGCUGUGAUAGCAGAGUGGUUUUUAAUAGCGCUGUAAAUUUUUGUCCAAGUAAUGCAACUGCUUUUCCAAUAAUUAGUUGUUGUUUUUUUGUAGAAGGUAAUUCAAAUUAAAAUGUGAACCUCAUGUUAUUCUUCAAGCAUUCUCUUCUCUUCAUUUAGAUGAUUAUGGCUUACAGCAAAUUGUUCUUUUCUGGAUGAUUACAGGGUACUAUAUUUAAGCCUGUGGAUAGAAAGUGCAGUGGAAGGAAACUGGUAAAAAAAAAAAAAAAGGUGCUGAGGCAGAGUAAAAAGGUUGCGUGAGGUCCAGUGAACUAUUCACAGUCAGGACUUGUUUCAUGACCAAGGCAUCAUUGUUCUCGCCUGCAAACUCUGCUGACCCCAAACCA